AUGAUAAACAGUUCAAAUUUUAAUGUAUUUUUAUCAUAAUCUGUGGAUAAAACUAAAUAUUACGCUAUGAUAGGUAUGUAAUCUGAAUAAUUAGAAUAUGCUUGUAAAGAUAAUAAAAUAUAAAUAAAAUUAAUAGAUUCUUAUGAUUAUGAACCUUUUGAUCCUGAUCAAAAGAAACUUUUUGAACCUUUCCGUUCUAAAUAAAGACAGUAAAUAAUUGAGGCUUCAUUAUAGAAAGUUGUAAAUCUACGAGAUUUAAAAAGCUAGAAAAUUGUUUAAUAAUUUUAUUAAAUGCAUACUUAUGGAGGUAUAUAUAGGAUUAAAUUCUAAUGGAUAUAUGAUACUAAAUGGUACUUACCUUAGCCUUUAAAUCAAAUGGAUGAUUAUUUAUUGGAAGGAAAAAGCUAAAAUUUUACUUCUGUGACUAUUUUGAGACAGUAUUUUGGUGAAAAAAUUGCUUUUUUUUUUGGGUGGAAAAGCUUUUUAACUUGCUUUACAGUUUUUAUAGCUUUCCCAGGGUUAGGGAUAUAGAUAUACGAGUUUAUUACAGGAUAAUAUGAUUUUUUUUUGAUUCCCUUUUGGGUGUUUUAUGUUAUGUUAUGGAGCACUUUUAUUGUGGAGUUUUGGAAAAGGAAAACUUCUGAAAUUAAUUAUAGAUGGGGUACACUGGAAUAAAUGAAUACUGAAUUAGAUGUCGAUAAAUAAAUAAGAAGCGAUUUUAUUGGAGAUGAAUGUAUUUCUUUAGAGACUGGAGGUUUAACUAAACACUAGGAAAAAGCAAAAACUGUAAUCGUAUUAUUAAUUUCAAUACCUUUUUUGCUUAUUUUAAUGGCUUGUAUAGUAUUUAUUUUCCUCUCAGUAUAAGAAUUUAAGAAUAAAAAUCCAAAUACUUUGGCUAAUCAAACCAUUGCGGGAGUUCUAUAGGGUGUAGGGAUUUAAGUUCUGAAUUAUAUAUAUGUUUUUGUGGCAAAAUUAUUUGUAGAAUAUGAAAAUCAUAAAUAUGAUGAAUAAUAUGAAAGAUCUAUUAUUUAUAAAAUUAUGGCAUUUAAGUUUAUAAAUAGUUAUUUUUCUUUAUAUUAUGUAGCUUUUGUAGAUAAAAAAUCAACUUUUGAGACUUUAUUUUAGAUGCUAUUACCUAUAAUGUUAGUUAAAUAAUUUAAUUAUAUGAUUUUAUCUGUUUGGAUACCAAAAUAUAUAUAGAACUCUAAAGAAAAAAAAUAUUUUAAAAAAGUAGAUGAAUAAAUUUAUUAAUAAAAUUUAAUAUAAACAAAUUUCAGUGAAUUUUUUGAUGAUAAUUCUAUGAAUGAUAAAUAGGAUAUAAUAGAGUAAUUUUGGCAUUAAGAAAAUGGUUUAAAAAUGAAAACUUUAUUUAGAAACAUAAUAUAAUUACCUAAUUAAAGUUAAGAUGACAAAAAUGCUUAAUCUGAAAAGAAAAUUAAUUAUAUAAAUAAUAUAGAUAUUGAUUCUGUAGAAUUAAAUGCUCUAAGAGUCGAUUUUACAGAUACUGUGAGCUUAUAUGCAGACUCUUUUAUUGAUAUAGGCUAUAUAACUUUAUUUGCAUCAGCUUUCCCUAUUGGACCUAUGAUUUCGCUUUUGAUGAAUACUUUAGAAAUUAAUAAUAGACUUAUUGUAUUGUUAGAUAUUUAUAAAAGACCUAAAUUUGAAAAAUGUACAGGAAUUAACGAUUGGAUGUAUAUAUGGGAAGGAUUAUCUGUUAUAUCUGUGUUUUCUAAUAUAGCAUUAAUGUAUGUAAAGGACGAGUCUUUAAUAAAAAUUUUAUUUGAUGAAGAUUAAUUGAGUGGCGUUUAACUAGAAUAAUAUAAAGUUUGGACUUAUUUAGUAGUAGGAAUAGUAAUAUUUGGUUUAAAAUAUAUGUUUUAAGUAGUUAUUUAAGAUAAGCCUAAAUGGAUUUUAGAUGAGGAAGAAAAAGAAAACUAUUUGAAAUAAUAAUAGGAAAUUGCAAACGAGAAAAUAAGAUCAAAAGAAAUGUAAGAAUUAAAAUUGUAAAGAAAAAAACUUAUUUAAGAAAAAGAAGAAAAAGAGAAAAAAUUUAAAAUCUUUAAUAUGAAAAAAACUGAAUAGUAUAAACUUUUAUAAUAAGAAUGUGAAUACUAUAAAAAAAAUUGCCCUUAAAAAUUAGUAGAUUUCGAUUCUGUUUUUUUAAAUAAUUAGUAAGAUUUUACAUCCAAAAGCAAUAAAGUUCUUAUUAAAAACUAAUAUUUUCUUAGUAAUGAUAAAUUAAAGUCAGAAUUUUAUGUAAAAAGACUUAGUGUACUUAAAAAUACUUUCGUUAAUAUUGAAAGGGAAUUACUUAAUAUUAGAUUGAAAUAAAUUAUUUAUAUGAGUAAAUAACCUAUUGUUAUUUGUAAAGAAUGUAGUUUAAAUUCUGCAGUUUUGGAAUGUUUGAAUUGCUCUAAUAGAUGUUUUUGUUAAGAAUGUUUUGAUAGUUUUCAUAAUGAUAUAAAAGAAAAUUAUCAUUCGGUCAAUCUUGUUAAUAUAAAAUAUUAAAAUUUAGAUUUGUAAGGAUAUUGCAUUCUGGAAAAUAAUAAUGAAGAAAUCUAAAGUUUUAUUUAAUGGAAAAAAUUCGAGUAGUUUUGUUUACCAACCUUUGAAAAAAGUAGCUUCCAUAGUUAAUUAAGUGAUAUAUUUAAUCUUUUUUAAAACGAGUAUAUUAAAAAUAAUGGAAUAGAAGAUCCAAAUUAAUAAAUUAAUAUUAAUUCGAUUUUUAAAAUUUAGUAAAAAUAAGGAUAUAAGAGUGAAUUCUUUAAAUAAUAAAAUGAAGAAGUUUAAAAAAUUAUUGAAAUGGAAGAAUUUAAUGUAGAAGAUAAAUUGUUUUUGAAUAGAAUUGCUUUCCUUACUUUUAAAAGAUAUGAAUAUGCUAACUAUUAGAAUUUUCUAUCUUUUUGUAAACAUUUAUAAGUAGUUUAUUUUACAUAUAUAAUUUAAUUAAAAAAAUAAAUAUAUUAAUGCAAAAAAUUAAAUAUUUAAAUAAAUUUUUAUAUAAAUAUAUAUAUAUUUAUAUAGGAAGGAAAUUUUUAAAGAAAAAUGCUUUUACUUUUAGAUUUUUUAGAUUUAAAUGAAAAUAAAUAAAUUUUAUUUGAUGAAAUAUGCAAUUUUUGUUACUCUAGUUUUAUGUAAAAUAUAGACUUCAAAAUUGGUAUUUAAAAUAUUUUAUAAGAAUUAUUUGAAGAUUAAAAUAAAAUUGAUAAAUUAACUAUUGGUAAAAAGAUAUUGUUUGAAGUUUAAGAAAACUCAUAGAUUUAUAUGUUUUUGGUAUAACUUAUGUAAUCUAAAAUAUGA